CUUUUCUUGACCCGGAAGUAAAACUCGUCCUUCUCAGCCACACGUGUAAAGGAUCCAGCAUGGGGAAGUCCAAACAAACAGGAAACCACAAGAGUGAUAAGAAGAAGAACAUCGCAAAGACUUGGAAGACAAAGCGCAGGACUAAAGACCUGGACCAGAUCCACUCGGACAUGAAGCCUGACACAGCAGCCAAGCUUCUUCAUCAGGAGGUGGACUAUGAUGUGACAGGAUGUGCACAACACUACUGCUUACACUGCGCGAGAUAUUUCGUGGAUAUGAAAGCCUUGAAGGAGCACUUCAAAAGCAAAGUGCACAAAAAACGGUUGAAACAGCUCAGAGAAGAGCCCUACACCCAGGCAGAAGCAGAGAGAGCAGCAGGUAUGGGCUCCUACAUCCCCCCAAAAAUAGUUGAAGUGAAGACACAGCCUGUGGAAGAGGACAUGAACUGAGAGCCGCCCACACUAACCCAUGGACUGAUGCAUUUACAAACUGGAUAAUGCUUCUAUUAUCCUUUACUGUCACAAAUGUUGAGCACAUUGUGAAACGCUUUUUUUUUUUGUGGCACACUUCAUUUGUCUGACCCUUGACAGCUGGUAGACGUCCGGCUAUCAGCAGAAAAAGGGAAGCCUUACCUUUACUGGGUAAUGUGAUGCAACAUGUACCUAUGUAAAUAUUGAGUAUGUGCAGAGCUGAGUGGAUUGUUAAUAAACUUUAACAUAUUGUUGCUUUA